AUGCUCCUAUCAAGACAUCUACGGCUUUCGACGGCGAUACUGAAGCUUCCGGCACGAUUGGCCACACCGAUCAGACAGUGCAGCACACAGUCGAAAGAUGAAAAUCCGGACAACAGCCGAGAGGAGAAUAAGAAAAGUCUCAUUCUCCGAACGAACCUGUUCGAAUCAGCGGCCAAAAAGGACAAACAAACGUACAUAGAGAUGGUGCGGAUAUUUGAGAAACGAAGCGUCCACCGACGAAAUCACGUCGAGUUCAUCUAUGCCGCCUUGCGCCACAUGGAAGAGUUCGGUGUGAACAAGGAUAUCGCCGUGUACAAGGCACUGAUCGACGUGAUGCCGAAGGGCAAGUUCAUACCGACGAACAUAUUCCAGGCAGAGUUUAUGCAUUACCCGCGCCAACAGCAGUGCAUUAUCGAUCUGCUCGAACAGAUGGAAGAUAACGGGGUCAUGCCCGAUUACGAGAUGGAAGCGAUGUUGAUAAACGUGUUCGGCAAGAAGGGACACCCGGUGCGCAAGUACUGGCGCAUGAUGUACUGGAUGCCAAAGUUUAAAAAUCUAUCUCCCUGGCUGCUGCCGAACCCGGUACCGGACGACACGUUUGAACUAGCUCGGCUAGCGGUUGAGCGCAUGUGUUCGAUUGAUCCGCGCAGUAAAAUUGAUGUGUUCGAUACGAAAACGGUGGAGAACGCGCUGGACCAUACGUGGGUUGUGAGUGGACAAAGUGUGGAACAGUCGGAAUUGUUGGACGUUCAUUGCAAACAGGAGCCCGUGUACAUAGAGGGUCCGUUUGUGAUAUGGUUGCGAAAUCGUUGCAUCAAUUAUUAUGUGCUUAAGAGUGCACCGAAACCACUGCCAACCGUUGAGCAAACCGAUGAUCCGGAUGACGUUAGCAAUCUGCACAAUCCUUAUAUCGGGUUGGAUUUACGCUUCCGUAAUGGCCAGCGGGCAGGAUCAGCUGUGAGCACACGACGACGAUCCGUCCACGAGCAAGAUGACGGCAUUAUCUACGCCAUAUGUUGUACAGGAACAUCGACGAAGGAUUCGCUUUUAUCGUGGAUCAGAUUGCUAGAGAAAGAAAAUGGCAACUCGGCACUAUCCUCACUCCCUGUAUUGUUCAAAUUUACUUCUCCAACGGCUGAGGUGACCGUUAGCGAGGGAAAUUCCAACACAGUACAACAUUAGGGAC